AUGCACUCAAAUUCCUCAGCUCUGAGGAUACGUAGAUGUCCAUCCAACUGGCCACCUGUUCCACCACCCCUUGUCAUCCGACAACGUGCACCUCCACUUCGAACACCGGCUCCUCUUAUUCUUCGAGAACGACCACUAAGAAUUCUUGUUCCAAUAUCUUCAACGACGAUCAUAAAAAGGCUACCUCCAAUAUCUGUUACACCUCAAUCCGUUAUUGUUGAACCCUAUUCUAAAGAACCUCAACAACGAAAACUCGUAACACAUCAUGCUCCACCAUCUCGUCCUUAUCCUACGCCACCCAAUAUUAUCAUUACGUACGAGUCAAUACAAGCAAAUGUUGUACGUUCAGUACAAAAAUUCGGUGUUCAACCACAAAAUCCUGAUGAAUAUAGAAUUCGAUACGGUAAUACAUUAUUAGAUGCAUCACCAUUAAUAUCACAAGCACUCGAUUUCGGUAUUGUUGAAGAUUUUAGUCCACUAUCAAGUAAUUAUGACCAACAGUAUCAGUUGAAUAGUUCUGCGUACUAUUUAAAUAAUGCUCAAACUAUUUUUGAGCCACAAUAUGAAUACGGAACAAGUUCAUGGGGAAGUCAAACAGCAAAUAACAAUGAAAAAGUUGAAAUUUAUUGA